CAAAUCCGCCUCUUUAUAAAAGAGCCGGCGUCGCUUGCAUCAGCUCGCGUGGGGAAGUUACCUUCGACAGCUGCGUUCCUUGUUUUUAAAGUAAAAAAAAAUAAAUUCCGCCGCCGUUGAAGUCAAACUACAACACAGUCAAAUGAAGCUGUUUUUAAGCGAAGGCAACCCGCACUGCCUGAAGGUGUUAGCCGCCGUACAGGUGACCGGGGUCCCGUGUGACGUCCAGUAUGUCAACCACGAGGAGACAGUGGUGCCCUUUCUUAGCCGUCCAACUCUGCCAGCCCUCAUCCUGCCCAGUGGAUGGCACCUCUUCAGCUCUAAUGCCAUCUGCCAAUACCUCUAUGAAGUAAAAGGACAAGACUCCACUGACCUUUGCAACCAGUGGCUGGAAUGGGAGGCCACAGAUCUCCAGCCUGCACUGCUUCAGGCUCUUCACAUGGCAGUGCUGCAAGGAAAGGCUUCAGAAGUGUCUCAGGUUCUCCAGGCGCCCCUAAACUACUUGGACCAAGGCUUGACUAAGGGAAACACGCCAUAUUUAACAGGGGAAGCUGUCUCUGUUGCUGAUGUUGUUUUGUGGGCUGCGCUGUACCCUCUUUUAUCUGACUCGUCACUCGCACUGGGUGAACGCAAGUCUGUGAAGGCCUGGUUUGACCGAAUGGCUGAGAUGCACGGUUGCCAGUCUGCUGCUCAGAAAGUGCUGCAGGGGAAAGGCCUGCAGGGCAUGAAGAGCUACAUGCAGAGACAGCCUGCCCGUCAGAGCAACCAGUGCAGAGACGCACAGCCAUGCAAUAGCAGCCCUGCUGAGUGUGAAGAGGGAGAACGUGUGGUUUCUGAAGAGGAGAUGGAAGCUGCUGCUCUCACCUGGAGCACUGGUUUGAAAGACAGCCCACAGGUUACAGACAGACAACACCCCAUUUUGCCACAGGAGGGCAAACGAAACAUCCUGGUGGCCAGUGCCUUGCCUUAUGUCAACAAUGUCCCCCACUUGGGUAACAUCAUUGGUUGUGUCCUCAGCGCUGACGUCUUCUCCAGGUACGCUCGUCUGCGAGACUGGAACCUGCUGUAUGUGUGUGGCACGGACGAGUACGGCACAGCGACGGAGAACAAGGCCAGAGAGGAGGGCCUGACACCGCAGCAGAUCUGCGACAAGUACCAUGCUGUUCACGCCGACAUUUACAAGUGGUUCCAGAUUGACUUUGACUUUUUCGGCAGAACCACCACUGAGAAGCAGACAGAGAUUGCUCAGAAUAUAUUCUGGCGACUCCACAAACACGGGUUCCUGCUGGAAGACACGGUGGAGCAACUGCGUUGUGAGAAGUGUCAGCGUUUUCUGGCUGACCGCUUCGUAGAAGGCAUUUGUCCUUACUGCAGCUACCCAGAAGCUCGCGGUGAUCAGUGUGACAAGUGCGGGCGGCUCAUAAAUGCAGUGGAGCUCAGGGAACCCCAAUGUAAGGUCUGUGGGCAGACUCCAGUCGUCUGCUCCUCCAAACAUCUUUUCCUCGACCUGCCAAAGCUGGAGGCUCAGUUGGAGCAGUGGCUGGACAAGUCGAUGAGCACAGGAGACUGGACUCAAAACGCCAAACAGAUCACUCGCUCCUGGCUGAGAGAUGGACUCAAACCACGCUGCAUCACCAGAGACCUGAAGUGGGGAAGCCCAGUGCCUCACCCCGACUUUAAAGAGAAGGUCUUCUACGUGUGGUUUGAUGCACCGAUUGGUUACCUGUCCAUUACCGCCAACUACACCGACCAAUGGGAGAAGUGGUGGAAGAAUCCCAGUCAGGUGGAGCUGUAUAACUUCAUGGCCAAAGACAACGUGCCAUUCCACAGUGUAGUAUUCCCCUGCUCCCUACUGGGAGCUCAAGACAACUACACUCUGGUCAACCACCUCGUUGCCACCGAAUAUCUGAAUUACGAGGACACUAAAUUCUCCAAGAGUCGUGGCACUGGCGUGUUUGGAGACAUGGCUAAAGACACGGGCAUCCCAUCCGACGUGUGGCGAUUCUAUCUGCUGUUUGUGCGUCCAGAGGGACAGGAUUCAGCCUUCUCCUGGGCCGACAUGGCUCUGAAGAACAACUCCGAGCUGCUCAACAACUUGGGCAACUUCAUCAACAGAGCCGGCAUGUUUGUCACUAAGUUCUUUGAGGGCUGUGUGCCUGCGAUGGAGCUGCAGCAGGAAGAUAAGAAGCUGCUGGCCCUGGUGAGCUGGGAGCUGCAGCAGUACAUCCAGCUCAUGGACAAAGUCAAAAUUCGUGAUGCUCUCAAACUCAUCCUGAACAUCUCUCGCCAUGGCAACCAGUACAUUCAGGUCAACGAACCCUGGAAGAACAUCAAGGGAGGAGACGCAGAAAGGCAGCGUGCGGGCACAGUCACUGGCGUCUCUGUGAAUAUCGCUUGCCUGCUGUCAGUGAUGCUGUUACCUUACAUGCCAACAGUGAGCCAAACCAUCAGGGAUCAGCUCAACGCCCCUCAGUCCGGCCUCCAUACCAUGUUCCAAGGCACUGGCACCUUUGUCUGUUCCCUGAGAGCGGGCCACCGCAUCGGCAAUGUCAGUCCGUUGUUCCAGAAACUGGAGCCGGACCAGAUUGAGGCUUUGAAGAAGAAAUUUGGUGGACAGCAGCCUGAAGAUGAACCACCUCAAAAAAAGAAGACAGCUGAGAGCGCUGCCAGCUCGCAGCCGGCCGCUGUGCCAGCUCCUGCUGCUGCUGAGGCGACGGCGACGGUGAGCGGAGCGGACCCAGAGAAAGCCAAGCUGCUCACUCAGGCUGUGACUGAGCAGGGAGAAAAGGUGCGAGCGCUGAAAGCCCAGAAGGCGGAGAAGGCUGCGAUCACAGCAGAAGUGGCCAAACUGUUGGACCUUAAGAAACAGCUGGCUGUGGCUGAGGGGAAGAACCCUGAGCCGGCACCUCAGAAGAGCAAGAAGAAGUGAGACAGACACAAAGGGAAACAAAAUGAAAGAGGUUCCGCAGAGGAAGGGAAGAGUAGAAUGGUUUGAGGUAUGAUAGUGGAGAACGGGAACAAGAUGUACACCAAGAGAGAUGAGGGUAUUAGCUUACGGCAAAGCCGUGACAGGAUCUAAGACAAUGUGGUAUUGGCACUGAGGACUAAUGAAAUGCUGGAUAGGCCGACGGGGAAAUGAAAACACACAAAGAGGAAGUCAAAUGAAUACAGCUACAGAAUGGAGGGAUUUUUCCAAAUCCCUCCACCAAAAGAAACUGAUUUUAUACUCUCCCUGUGAUAAAGUCAGCAUACGUUAUUAGCAUUGGAAGGUGUGUUACGCAUUUAAAGAUGUUUUUUAUAUCCUCUGGAAUUUUUUUCUUUGUUAUUUACCACAAAUACCCUUUUUAGAUCCAGAAAAUAAAAGAAGUGAAUCUGAAAA